AUGCAAAUAACUGGCUUAUAUAAAGGAAGGGCAAUUAUUAUAAAAGACUCUUACAGUGUUAUAAAUAAGAAGCUUAAACUAUUUCCUGCUAUGUUUAACUUACAAACAGGACCGAAAGAAGUAUUUCCAUACAACUACUACAGCAGUGUUUUGUUAGCAAAUGACAACAGAACUGGUGUCAUUUCUGAAGCAUGUAAGUUUAUCCGGGAUGCGGAUACGUUCAUGAAAAACAUAGAUUCCAUCAAAGGUUGCAGAAUAGAUGAAAACCACUUCGACUUAGAAAAGUAUAGCACAUUUUAUUGCAAACAAGAUGUAAGAAUUUUAAGAGAAGGUUUUGUUAAGUUCCGCAAUGAUAUAUUGAAAGAGUUUGAUUUAAACGUUUAUGAUUACGUUAGCAUUUGUUCAAUUGCUAACAAAUUGUUUGAGAACAGAGUAUACUUCCCGAAUGGAAAUCUUUAUGACCUCUCAAAUAAACCAAGAGAAUUUAUUUCGAGAUGCAUUCAAGGUGGAAGAUGUAUGCUGUCAGAUAACAUUAAACAAAAGAGUAAAGAGAAAUUCAUUGCUGAUUUCGACGCUGUUUCAUUAUAUCCAUCAGCUAUAGCAAGACUUUAUACUUUAGAAGGUAUUCCAAAGGUUAUGAAGAAAGAAAUGUUAAGCACAGAGUAUCUCAUGAGACAUUUAUUCGAUGACGACCAAAAGGAACCCAUUGGUGAAAAGUUUAUGUCUGGCUUCUUUGUUCUCAUUAAGAUAACAGAGAUUGGAAUACAUAGACACUUUCCUUUAAUAGUUUGUGACCCUGAACUAAAUCCAGAACUUAACGUUCCCAGAAGUUCAAACACUUGCUGUUUAAUGUAUGUUGACCAUAUAACAUUACAAGACCUCAUAAAAUAUCAAGGUGUCAAAUGUGAAGUGUUGCAAGGAUACUAUUACGAUGGAAACAGAGAUAUUAGAAUAAGAGAUGAAGUAAAGAAGUU